CGCGGGGCUGGGAUUAGGGCCGGGGCGAAUGGCUGGCAAUCUUACUGGGAUUACAGAACAAAGAGCCUCCCUGCGCUCCCGCUCUCGGCUCCGCGCCCCGCGCCGCGCCCCGCCCUCCGCCGCAGCCCGCGCCGGGGGUGGGGGCCGCCGAGCGCCAGCCCCCCGGCCGGCCCGAGAGCCCCCGCCGCGGCCCCUCCCCGGCCGGCGCCCCGCGCCCCGCGCCCCCCGCCCCCCCGUCGCGCCGCGCCGCGCCGCGCCUCCCUCCGCCGCGCCUUCCCCCAUUCUCCCGGAUUAAUUAAGGAGGCGGCGGCAGGAGGCUGAGUCCUGGCCGCGGGCCGGGGCCGGGGCGACGCUGGCAGGAGCGCUUGGGGAUCCUCCAAGGUGACCAUGGCCUUGUUGGGGAAGCGCUGCGACAUUCCCGCCAACAGCUGCGGGCCUGACCGCUGGAGCUCCGCCUUCACCCGCAAAGACGAGAUCAUCACCAGCCUCGUGUCUGCGUUAGAUUCCAUGUGCUCGGCGCUCUCCAAGCUGAAUGCAGAGGUGGCCUGUGUUGCUGUCCAUGAUGAGAGCGCCUUCGUGGUGGGCACCGAGAAGGGGAGAAUGUUCCUGAACACACGGAACGAGCUGCAGUCCGAUUUCCUCAGGUUCUGCCGAGGGGCCCCCUGGAAGGAGCCAGAGACAGAGCAUCCCAAGAAGGUGUCGCGGGGCGAGGGUGGCGGCCGGAACAUCCCUCGGUCUUCCCUGGAGCAUGGCUCGGACGUGUACCUUCUACGGAAGAUGGUAGAGGAGGUGUUUGAUGUUCUUUAUAGCGAGGCCCUGGGAAGGGCCAGCGUGGUGCCCCUGCCCUACGAGAGGCUGCUCAGGGAGCCGGGGCUGCUGGCCGUGCAGGGGCUCCCCGAGGGCCUGGCCUUCCGGAGGCCGGCCGACUAUGACCCCAAGGCCCUCAUGGCCAUCCUGGAGCAUAGCCACCGGAUCCGCUUCAAGCUCAAGAGGCCGCUUGAGGAUGGCGGGCGGGACUCGAAGGCCCUAGUGGAGCUGAACGGUGUCUCCCUGAUAGCCAAGGGGUCUCGGGACUGCGGCCUGCAUGGCCAGGCCCCCAAGGGGCCACCCCAGGACCUACCCCCCACCGGCACCUCGUCCGCUGUGGCCAGCUUUCUGUACAGCACCUCACUCCCUAACCACACCACGAGAGAGCUCAAGCAGGAGGCCCCCGCCUGCCCACUUGCCCCCAGCGACCUGGGCCUUGGCCGGCCUGGGCCUGAGCCCAAGGCCUCUGGGGCCCAAGACUUCCCCGAGUGCUGUGGACAGAAGCCCCCCGGGCCCGGUGGUCCUCUCAUCCAGAACGUCCACGCCUCAAAGCGCAUCCUCUUCUCCAUUGUCCAUGACAAGUCAGAGAAGUGGGACGCCUUCAUAAAGGAAACCGAGGACAUCAACACGCUCCGGGAGUGCGUGCAGAUCCUGUUUAACAGCAGAUAUGCGGAAGCCCUGGGCCUGGACCACAUGGUCCCCGUCCCCUACAGGAAGAUUGCCUGCGACCCAGAGGCUGUGGAGAUUGUGGGCAUCCCAGACAAGAUCCCCUUCAAGCGCCCCUGCACCUACGGGGUCCCCAAGCUGAAGCGGAUCCUGGAGGAGCGACACAGCAUCCACUUCAUCAUUAAGAGGAUGUUUGAUGAGCGAAUUUUCACAGGGAACAAGUUUACCAAAGACCCCACGAAGCUGGAGCCAGCCAGCCCGCCAGAGGAUACUUCUACAGAGAUCUCCCGUGCGUCUGUCCUCGACCUGCCCGGGACUGCUCAGUCAGACAAGAAUGGUGUCUCUGAAGACUGUGGGCCAGGAACUUCUGGGGAGCUGAGUGGGCUGAGGCCCAUUAAAAUUGAGCCAGAGGAUCUAGAUAUUAUUCAGGUCACCGUCCCAGACCCUUCACCCACCUCUGAGGAGAUGACAGACUCAAUGCCUGGGCAUCUGCCCUCAGAAGAUUCUGGUUACGGGAUGGAGAUGCUGACUGAGAAAGGCCCCAGCGAGGACCCACGGCCCGAGGAGAGGCCCGUAGAGGACAGCCACGGUGACGUGAUCCGGCCCCUGCGGAAGCAGGUCGAGCUUCUCUUCAACACGCGAUACGCCAAGGCCAUUGGCAUCUCGGAGCCCGUCAAGGUGCCCUACUCCAAGUUCCUGAUGUACCCAGAGGAGCUGUUUGUGGUGGGGCUGCCUGAAGGCAUCUCCCUCCGCAGGCCCAACUGCUUCGGGAUCGCCAAGCUCCGGAAGAUCCUGGAGGCCAGCAACAGCAUCCAGUUUGUCAUCAAGAGGCCCGAGCUGCUCACCGAGGGAGUCAAAGAGCCCAUCACGGACAGCCAAGAGAGGGAUUCCGGGGACCCUCUUGUGGACGAGAGCCUGAAGAGACAGGGUUUCCAAGAAAAUUAUGACGCUAGACUCUCGCGCAUCGACAUCGCCAACACGCUGAGAGAGCAAGUCCAGGAUCUGUUCAAUAAGAAAUACGGAGAAGCCCUGGGCAUCAAGUACCCCGUCCAGGUCCCCUACAAGCGGAUCAAGAGUAACCCCGGCUCGGUGAUCAUUGAGGGGCUUCCCCCAGGAAUCCCGUUUCGAAAGCCCUGCACCUUUGGCUCCCAGAACCUGGAGAGGAUCCUUGCAGUGGCUGACAAGAUCAAGUUCACGGUCACCAGGCCUUUUCAAGGACUCAUCCCAAAGCCUGAUGAAGAUGACGCCAACAGACUAGGGGAGAAGGUGAUCCUCCGCGAGCAGGUGAAGGAGCUCUUCAAUGAGAAAUACGGCGAGGCCCUGGGCCUGAACAGGCCUGUGCUGGUCCCGUACAAACUGAUCCGGGACAGCCCAGACGCCGUCGAGGUCACGGGCCUGCCUGACGACAUCCCUUUCCGGAACCCCAACACGUACGACAUCCACCGGCUGGAGAAGAUCCUGAAGGCCCGAGAGCACGUGCGCAUGGUCAUCAUCAACCAGCUCCAACCUUUUGCAGAGAUCUGCAAUGACGCCAAGGUGCCAGCCAAAGACAGCGGCAUUCCCAAGCGCAAGAGAAAGCGGGUCUCCGAAGGGAACUCCUUCUCCUCCUCCUCCUCGUCUUCCUCCUCCUCAUCCUCUAACCCGGAGUCCGUGGCGUCCACCAACCAGAUCUCACUCGUGCAAUGGCCAAUGUACAUGGUGGACUAUGCCGGCCUGAACGUGCAGCUCCCGGGACCUCUGAAUUACUAGACCUCAGUGCUGAAUCAGGACCUCACUCAGAAAGACUAAAGGAAAUGUAAUUUAUGUACAAAGUGUAUAUUCGGAUAUGUAUCGAUGCCUUUUAGUUUUUCCAAUGAUUUUUACACUAUAUUCCUGCCACCAAGGCCUUUUUAAAUAAGUAAAAAAAAAAAAAAAAAAAAAAAAGCCUGGCCCUUGCUCAUAACUUCUGCGUAUUCUCAUUUGGAAUUACAACUACAGCUGUCACUGGGAUGAGGUCAGGAAACCCGGCUCAGACGGCCUGCCAAGGUCCUCCUUCCUUGCCAGAGCAGAGGCCAUGUCCCUGACUGCUGGGCCCUGCUGUCUGGUGACAGACUCCUCUCAUUUCUCUGCCGCUGGGGCCGCGUGGCCUCCCAAUGAGGUGGCACGGAAGGCCAGGU